UUCGAUCACACGCUCUUCUCACUCCGGAGCCUGCGAAAGGGUGCAAAGAGGAAUUCAAGGCGAACGGGAGCAAAGAGGAAUAUUCUUGGCAAAAGAGGGUGUAAAAGGAACCAUGAAGUCCUCAGCGUUUGCCGCUAUAUCCUCCUGUGUAUUAUUCUUCAUGGUUAUUGUAGUUUCGCCAAAACUGGUUUCAACAGCUCCGUCAGAAUCAGAUAGCGGUACCAGCAAGACGAAGAGGGAAGCCGGGGGACCAUCGGGAUUAUUUCCGUUUCCGAGGAUAGGACGUUCCGGACCAGACACCUGGUUCUUCGAUACUUCCGACAUCGAAAAUAACAACGCAAAAAAUGAACGCUACAACGCCAAACGGGAGGGUCUGUUCCCUUUUCCAAGAAUCGGACGUUCCCCUGCUAAUGAUAACGCCCAAAACUACGCCAAACGCCAGGGUCUAGUGCCGUUCCCGCGUAUCGGUCGCUCGGGGGGCCGCAGCGUCCCGCAAGGUGUUCCGGGAGCGGGAGGUCCCGCAGACAAUAACGGACUCUGGUUCGGACCGCGAUUGGGACGUCUUCAGAAGCGGGACGCCAUGGAUUCGCCUUGGGCUCUUGUCACGCUCAGAGAAUUCCCCAGCAUAUCAAGCCGUCGACAGCCUGAGGCAUUCACUCCGCGUCUCGGACGGGAAUCGAACGAGGAUUUCUGGGACUAUGAGGACCGUGAUCACCAGAAGGACCACGCCUAGGUCCUUAGACCACACCCAUUCAGCUUAGAUCAAGCUGGAUCUGGCUUGGAUCACGCUUAGAUCGAGUUAUAUCGAGCUUGAUUCAGCUUAGAUCAAGCUAGAUCAAGUCUGAAUUGAGAUUCAAUCAAACUAGAUCGAGCUAGAUCAAGUCUGGAUUGAGAUUCAAUCAAACUAGAUCGAGCUAGAUCAAGUCUGGAUUGAGAUACAAUCAAACUAGAUCGAGCUAGAUCAAUGUUAGAUCAAGCUAGGUCAAGCUAGAUCGAGCAUAGAUCAAGCUGUAUUAGUUCCCAUGUAAAUCUCCGUCAUCCUAUACAGUACAAUAGCUGAAGCGGUAAAACAAAAAUGAAUCUGUAAUCUAUGUAACACCGUUGUAAUUGUACGUUAUUUAAAAGCUGUUUACCUCUCUGAGCUAUCUCAAUAAAUAAAAACUGUUUCUAGAAGAAUACAGCAUGUUUCUCAAACA